UGUACAUCCUGAUUUCAGGAGUACGAGAUUAACAUUGUCUGAUUGUGUGUUAGCAGAGGGAUUUCUUUCAAUUCUCUGACAUCUGGAUGGCUAUAGUUAGGCAAACUAUUUUGCCACUCCCUCAAAUUUAUCCCCAGAGACUUCAAAUUAGCAAAUGAUGAAAUCGUCUUCCAAGUUGUUCCCACCAAAGCCUCAUAUCUCCAUGGGGACGCAGACAGUUCAGCACUAGCAGUAGUAGCCCUGUGAAGCGCCUUUCGGAAGACGAUCUGGGUAUUUUGAUGCUGCCAUGCUGUAACUAGCAAUGUAACUUUAGAGGACGGUCGAUGUGAACCAAAUCUUCGAAACUGAAUGGAAGCCUAUUUCAACUUUGCACGACACAAUUUCCUUCCUUGGAAAAAAGUGAAAUAAGAUAGACAAGGUGAGCAAUUGCAGAUAGCUCGCCUUGCAGAUAGAAAAGGUGAACAUUUAUCAACCAACACCACUCACUCCCAGAAAAGAUGAGCCAACAAAUUCAAUCUAGUGGUUGUUGUGGUACCGGUGGUGGAUCCAGCGGUCGCUGCCAUAGACGAAGAGGCAGUGGAGGCUCCGGAUGCUGCUGUGCAUGUUGCUGCUGUAGAGGUGGAUCAAGACAUGUGAUGGUGGUAUCUGGAAGCCAAGGAUCAUCCUGUUGCGGUGGCAUCCAACAGAUCCCGAGCUCCGGCUGCUGUGGUGGAAGUUCUUCUGGUGUCGUCGUAAUACCAGCCGGCCAAUCUUCUGGAUGUUGCACUGGAGGAGGACUUGGGGGUGGGAUUUGCCAGCAGAAGAUUCCAAUGAUUGGAGGUGGCAGUGGUGGAGGAAUUUGUUGUGGAGGAGGCAGUGGUGGUGGAUCAGGGGGUCAGACCACUAUUGUAACCGGAGGUGGUAGUGGCGGUGGAUGUUGUGGAGGAUCAGGAGGAGUGAAGGUCAUUGGCGGUGGAAGCGGCAGUGGGUCCGGCUGGUGUGGAACUGGUGGUGGAUCAGGGGGGCAGACCACUGUUGUAACUGGAAGUGGCGGUGGAUGCUGCGGGGAAUCAGGAGGAGUGAAGGUCAUUGGUGGUGGAAGUGGCAGUGGGUCUGGCUGGUGUGGAACUGGUGGUGGAUCAGGGGGGCAGACCACUGUUGUAACUGGAAGUGGCGGUGGAUGCUGCGGGGGAUCAGGAGGAGUGAAGGUGAUUGGUGGCGGAAGUGGCAGUGGGUCCGGCUGGUGUGGAACUGGUGGUGGAUCAGGGGGUCAGACCACUGUUGUAGCCGGAGGUGAUAGUGGAUGUUGUGGAGGAUCAGGAGGAGUGAAGGUCAUUGGUGGUGGAAGUGGCAGUGGGUGUGGUGAUGGUGGAUCAGGGGGUGUGAAGGUUAUAGGCGGAGGAUCCUCUGGAGGUGGUGGAAGCUUUGGGGAUGUUAAAGUCAUCGGUGGAGGGUCUGGUGGAGCAUGUGGAACAGGAGGAGGAUCAGGUGCAAAAGCUGUUGUAGUUACUGGAGGAAGCAGCGGGGCGUCUGCUUGCUGCAGCACUGGGGGAAGCUCAGGCACGGUUGCAGUUGUAGGGACUGGUGGUAGUGGAGCUUCUGGUGGGAAAACCAUUGUUGUAUCAGGAGGAAGUGGUGGAUCUGAUUGUUGCAGUGGAGGAGGAUCUGGAGGGGCAUCCGUUGUCAUUGCGGGUGGUGGUGGUUCCUCCCAGACAAAAUGUCCCAUUGUUGUUCCACCCUGCAUCGGGCAAACAAAACAGGUUUGCCCACUGCCACCCCACAUAAAGUAAAAUAAAAUGCUCUUUUUGGCAGGAAGGAACCUUGGUGAGGGUAUCUCUUGUUCCUACGAUGUCUUGCUCAGCCAACGCACUUAUGGGGUGCUGUAUUUCGUGUUCUUCAUCGCCGUUUCAUUUUCGCCUUAUGUAUAUCAGAGCAUUUUAAAACAUGAGGGUUUGCGCGGCCCUUUGGUGGACGGGAAUUAAUGGCAACAUCUGCUGAAUACUUUGCUUGCAUCUCCAUUUUUAGGCAUCGGAGAAAAUAAAGCUUGUUCCAGAAUGAGCACA